AUGACCUCCCUCUCGCGCGCCUCCAAGCGCAAGGACGCGCGCGACGCGGCGGAGCGCUCGAUCAGCGUCGAGGCCGAGCUCAUUGCGCUGCGGCGCAAGGCGGCCGCGUGGGGCGCGAGCGAGGAACAGGAGUCCAUCACCGACUUUACCGGCCGGUGGGAGGCGCUCGCAAACUGGUUCCCUGCGGCGGUGGUGCACCGCGGUGUGCGCUACGCGUCGGUGGAGCACGCCUUCCAGGCGGCCAAGGCGGGCGCCGACGCCGACGCCGCGCGCGCGAUCCGCGAGGCCAAGACGCCGCAGGCUGCGCAUGCGCUCGGGCAGAAGGUUCCGCUGCCGCAGGACUGGGAGCGGCGCAAGCUGGGGCUGAUGGAGGCGCUGCUGCGCGACAAGUUUGUGCGCGACGCGGCGCUGCGCGAGCGACUCCUCCGCACGGACCAGCAGAACCUGAUCGCGACCAACAGCUGGGGCGAGACGUUCUGGGGCGUGAGCGGCGGCCGCGGCUCAAACGCGCUAGGCAAGGCGCUGAUGAAGCUGCGGAGCGAGGCGAGGGAGGGGGCGGAUGUGACCGCGUGGCUCUCCUCCUCGUUUGACCUCGCGCGCGCCGACGACCCGCACGACGGCCUCAGCCUCGAGGCGCGCAAGGGCAGCCUGCGGCACACACCGCGCAGCACGCGGCGCUAA